AUGGCCAACCCGCGUGUCGAAGAGAUCCCCGACGAGCCCGAGAAGAAGGUCGCCGAGGUCGAGGACGAGUCCAGCUCCGAGUCCGGCGAGGAGGCUGGCGAUGCCACGAUCCCCGCUGGCGCGUCCGUCACCGUUCACUCGCGCAACGAGAAGAAGGCCCGCAAGGCCAUUGCCAAGCUCGGCCUGAAGCACAUCGAGGGCAUCACUCGUGUUACCCUGAGGAGGCCCAAGAACAUCCUCUUCGUCAUCAACAACCCCGAUGUCUACAAGUCCCCCUCCAGCAACACCUGGAUCGUCUUUGGUGAGGCCAAGAUCGAGGACCUGAACGCCGCCGCCCAGGCUUCCGCUGCUCAGCAGCUCGCCCAGGCCGAGGCUGCCGGCGAGUCGCACGAGGGUCACGACCACGGCAAGGGCAAGGAGCCUGCCACCGAGGAGAAGAAGGAGGAAGAGGAGGAGGACGACGGCGAGGAGGUUGACGACUCCGGCCUCGAGGCCAAGGACAUCGAGCUUGUCAUGCAGCAGGCUAGCGUGUCGAGGAAGAAGGCCGUCAAGGCGCUCAAGGAGAAUGACAACGACAUUCGCAGCGCAGCCCUCAAGAUUGACUGGACCAAGCUGGGCACGCAGCUUGGCCUGCGCGGCAACACCGCCAACUCCCUCGUCGCCUUCAAGAAGCGCCACGACGAUGCGCGUCGCAAGGUGCAGAUGCUGUCCGAGCAGCCGCAGCAGGUCGACUUCAGCCACUACCGCAGCGUGCUGAAGAACCAGGCCAUCGUCGACCAGAUCGAGAAGGAGUUCAAGACCUUCAAGCCCGCCACCUACGACGUCAACCGCCAGAUCAAGUCCAUUGAGGCUUUCGAGGCCCAGGCCGUCAAGAGCGCCGAGGAGACCAAGGGCGUUAUUGAGAACGAGCUGAAGGAUCUGGAGAAGACGCUGAAGAACAUCGAGGAGGCCAGGCCGUUCGAGGACCUCACUGUGGAGGAUGUUGCUGCCGCUCGCCCGGACAUCGACAAGCGCACCGAGCAGCUCGUCUCCAAGGGCCGCUGGGCCGUCCCCGGCUACAAGGAGAAGUUCGGCGACCUUUCCGUCCUCUAA